AUGGCUUCCCAAAUCUCACCAGCCGUCAUAAGCACUUCGUCGCAUUCUAAGCGUGCACGACGAAUACCUGACAACGAAUGGGACAUUUGGCGUCCGAAGCUAGAGCAGCUGUUCAUAGAAGACGGUAUAUCGCGAAAAGACAUUGUUGGUAUCAUGACAAAAAGCCACGGUUUCGAUAUCACUGAGGUGCAGCUUAAGCGCCGUUUUGAGAAAUGGGGUGUCAAGAAAUACAUUCCUGAAAAUGAUUUGAAGACGAUGAUAUAUAUAAAAAGAAAACGACAAGAGAAUGGCGAGGAUUCUCGAUUCCAGUGGAGAGGUCACGAUGUUGAGCAAGAGCGGAUAGAACGUGCUUCGAAAAGAAUAAAAGGACCAUUGAAUUCUCCAGAAAUGACUCCGACGCACAUUAAGAUAUAUACUUCACAGCAUCAGAAACCUCAAAGUGUUCUAUCUAAAUCUUCCUCAGAACAUGCAACCGGUGAUUCAUUUGCAUUACCAGAUAUAGAUGUGCCGUUACACGAGCCUGACUGUGCGAGCGGGGAUCUAGAUUUCGAAUUCAACGAUGUAAUCGACUUUGGUUUCGAUCUUCGCUUUAUUUCAGAGGGAUUUAGUCACAAUGACUCAACACCUACGGACUACAACUUGAACGACUUCAUAGUGAGAGAUGCUCCAACCCUGACACCUAAGCAGUUAGAUCAAAGAAGCCUUUCAGGAGACCUUUAUAACUGGAAAAGCCUCUUAGCAGAACCAUUUAUAAGUGAGGACUCGGCUCAAGCAAUUUCCAGGCCCGAAUCAGCUUUCGAAGACAUUGGUUCAGAGAAUCUUACUAAGCCUCUUGUUCUCAUUGAAGAGUCCUUCUUUGCGGAACUCUCUAAGAUGUCAAACAAUCAGUCUUCAGGAAUCAGUGAAGAUAUCACUGAAUGGGUCGCUAGCGAGUUCAGAAAUUCCCUUGCCGCAAGCUAUGAAGCCUCAGCUCUAGGUACUCGGAAGCGGUUGAAGUCGAAGACGGACGAACCAAGUUGGACACCUCUUACCCAAAACAGGUUUCUGGGAGCGAUAAUGACACAGAAGGCGACCUCGUUUUCAACCAACAUUGCUCAAAAACUGCGUUCUCUGCAGAUCUCGAGCAAAACUUGUUCACUACAGGACAUACCUGUAGGGCGCUUGUUAAUCAAGCUGAUGGUCUUUGCUUCGCAAGGUACUUCAACCACUACUACAGCAUCAUUUACCUUCACUCCUAAUGAUGCAAUUUGCAAAAAGGGUGUCUCAGCAACAUUGCUACGAGCCUUUGACAGUCUAGGUAGUCCAACUAUUGCUCGCAGUAUUACUUCAUUCAACAUCAUACCGCGGAAUCAUCCGAUCGUAACAGCUCUUGAACAUAAUGAUAUACGAAAGGUGCAGGAACUAUUUUCGUCUAAGCAAGCUUCGCCAAACGAUCGAAUUCCAAAUGGGACCUCAUUACUGCCUUUCGCAAAUCAAUCUGUAGAGAUGACGCAACUCUUAUUACGGGAAGGGGCAACAACCGGAGACUGCUUUCGGCAAGUUUUCAUUCGUGACUAUGCAAGCCCGGUGGGGAGACCCCCUGGCGAAUUUGAUUUUUUUCGCCGCAUCUCAGACAUAGCGCUUGAAGCGGGCGCUUCUGUUGACGAUUGCGAUGACCCUGAUCCAUUAUCACCCGUUUACGAUGGUAUAUUCCACCGGUUAGUUUGGCAUACCCUAUAUCCCGGACGCAAUGCCUUCGUCUCCGAACUGCCGCAAUUGGUCGCAUACUUUGUCAAGAUCGGCUUUUCUAUCGAAGCCUUGAACUCCGACGGCGAGACGCCUUUCCUUAAUGCAGCCUCAAGUCGUGGCAUAUGUCUAACGUUUCUCCAAAUCCUUUUGGAGCAUGGUGCCAAUCCCACGGCAAAAGAUAAGUGGGGACGGGGCGCUCUCCAUUUAGCUGUUUGUGGUUACUGGGCCGAUGACGAUGACGGCGAUGACGAUGACGGCGAUGACGAUGAUGAUGGCUGGGACGGCAGCGACAAUGAUUUGGUUUUGACAAGCAGAAACCAGGAUGAGGUUCGUGGUGUUAAGCAGUUGCCAAACACAGAUGUAGAGGAAUCGCUACUGGAAAAGCUCCUCUUUCUACUCCAGGCUGGCUGCGACCCUGAAGGAGAUCACAAUGGGCUCACAGUAUGUUAUUAUGCUAAGAGAUGUAGCUUGAGCAGUACAUGGCAUGCAGCUCUGUCUACCUUCAACGCGGAGCGACGAGGUACAGAAACUCAGGGUUAA